UGUCUUCUCUGCACUGGGAGCUGCUCUCCUACCACAGCCCCUCAUCCCCUGAAAAUGUACGCCUGUGCAAAGUUCAUCUCCACCCCCUUCUUGGUCAGGAGCACCUCUCAGCUGUUGAGCCCAUCACUGUCUACAGUGGUGCUAAAACCACCGGAGUCACUGACAGGUGAGGUACCUUAUAAGAGCCCCAGGAGCUUGGCAGCCCCACGUCCCCUGACUUCACUUAUUCCUAGCCGCAGCUUCCAAACCAGCGCCAUUUCAAGGGACAUCGACACAGCAGCCAGGUUCAUUGGGGCUGGGGCUGCCACGGUAGGGGUGGCUGGCUCUGGGCCUGGAAUUGGGACUGUGUCUGGGAGCCUCAUCACUGGUUAUGCCAGGAAUCCCUCUCUGAAGCAACAGCUCUUCUCCUACACCAUUCUGGGCUUUGCCCUCUCGGAGACCAUGGGGCUUUUUUGCCUGAUGGUGGUCUUUCUCAUCCUCUUUGCCAUGUGA